AUGUCGAGCAGACAGUUGCGGAAGCUCCAGCAACAAAAGGAGCUGGAGAAAGCUCAAGAACCCUCCCAAGAAUCCGAUAUAAGCGACACAGACGAGCCGGUUAAAACGGCGUCGAAACCACGACCGAAUCUUUUCGCGGCUUUAGGAGGCGAAGAGGAAGAGGAAGAGGAGGAGGAAGAGGAUAACGACGUGCCGUUGGAGCCGCAGGAACCGAGUCCAGAAGUAGCAACCAGUACAAAAAAAAGCAAGAAGAAGAAAAAGAAGGGUAAGAAGAAGGCAGCUGUAGUUGAGGAUCAAGACCCCGACGAGGAUGAGAUUGACAGGGCGAUCAAGGAGUUGAAGCUGAGUUCUGGGAACGGUUCUGGCGACGGCGAUGGACAGGAGAGCGCGGUAACUAGGCCGCGAAAGAAGAUGAAUGAACUUCUGUCCAUUAAUCCUUAUCACUUGAAGGAUAUCAACGAGAUGAGGAACCUGUUUGGCAGGGACAUUAUUGACUCUGCGAACGCGGAGGAGCGGCAGGAGCAGCAGCAGAGUCGGCGGAGGAGGAACAUGCCUCGGGAGGUGGACCUGGAGACCUAUCUACGGGAAGCUCCUGGGGCGAAGAAGCUGUCCGAGGUGUCGCUGCGGCGGAAUCUGUUUAUUCAGGGGAGGGAGCAUUGGCCGCGUGCGUCGGCGGGUGGCCUGACGAUGGGGGAGGUGAAAAAGUCGGAGGAUGGGCUGUCUACGGAAUAUGCGUACUUGCAUGGGAAGGAUUACGAUGCUGCGCAGGGUGUGUUUUGGGCGUUUGUGCAGAUUGGAGAUCCGAUGCGGAUGGUGCAUUUGCUCAAGGAGAUUCCAUAUCAUGUCUCUACGCUCCUGCAAGUAAGUAGUGUAGCGAAGCAGGACCAAAAUAUGGCGCUGGCAGCAGAACUCUGUGAACGGGCGCUCUUCACGUUUGGCCGGGUAGCUACGUCUGCGUUUCGACAGGAUGUUGAGCAUGGCCGUGCUCGCUUGGACUUUCGACGGCCGGAGAAUCGUCAGUUUUGGCUCGCUGGGUAUCACUACCUGCGAAGCUUGAUACGAAAAGGGGCGUAUAGGACAGCCCUGGAGUGGGCGAAGCUUUUAUAUUCGUUGGAUCCGCAAGAUCCGUAUGCGAUGAGGCACUACAUUCACUUUUUGGCAGUUCGCGCCUACGAGUCAAAGUGGUUGGUUGAGUUUCUGGACCAAAUGGCCCUCGUGGCAGAUCAUCCGGACAUGAUAUAUCUGCGGCAGAGUCUGGUGCCCGCCAAGCUGCAGAUGGGUGAUACCGACGGUGCUAGGGAGCUUCUUGAACAUGGAAUCAGGACGGUACCGUGGCUGUAUUGCGCCCUGUUUCAAGAGUUGAAUCUCGAUACGCCGCCGUCGAUAUGGGGCAUCAACGCCGACUCGGACUCCAGAAACUUCUGGGUGAAGCUGUACAUUUACCAGGCUAAGGAGCUUUGGAACAAUGGGCAAUCAACACCCUUCUUGCAGCAGGUGGCUCAGAGCGUGGAGAAAGUUGAUGCGAAGGCUCUUCCUUCACAGGACCCGGCUGUCGAUCGAGGUGCCACGAGAUUAGCCUACCUCGAGGGUCAAACAUCCCUGCUUGCCCUUGCGCCGCGCAACCUGCUGGACGUGCAGCCAAAUUACGAAUUCGACCCCUUACCACCACCCAAGGAUGAGAAUAUUUUUACGGGUGAAAGCACACGAUUACCCUGGGGACGGGAGAGGGAGAACCAGGCACAGGACGACCAGCAGCACGGUCGUGCGGAUGAAUUAGUGGCCAGGAUGCAGAAUUUACUGGCUAGGCGAGGCGUGGCGCCUGGUGCUGGUGCUGGAGCAGGGGCAGCAGCACCAGGUGGAAUGAUGGGCAUGGUGAAUGCUGGCGGUGACGUGGAUGACGAGGAUGACGAGAUCAGGGCCUUGAGGGCCGCAGAUGAUGAAGAGCUGCAGAGGGAUAUUGAGGCCCACAUGAAUUGGGGCACUGAGCAGGGUUUCUUGGGUACGUUGAUGCAGUUGCUGGGCGUUGGGAGGCGAGCCAACGAUGAGGGAGUCGAUGAAGAUGAUCAAGGUGAUGAUGGGGAUGGUCCUCCUGGUUCGUGGCCGGAGGAUACAGAUGCCAGGUAA